UCCAAUCUCAAAGUAUUGAUGAACUCGAAUUUAUAAUUACAAAUAAAUUUGAAGCCUUACGAGAAUUAGUUCCACAUAUUAUACAUGUUUACAAAGAUAUAAUGUCUAUUUAUCAAGAUAUCUCGAUGUUUUCAUCAAAUUCACUUAGAUUUAUAUCAACACGUGAUUUGAUGAAAUGGUGUAGGCGGAUUGAAUUUUUUAUUAGUUCAAAUGAUAAUAUAAUUAGUAGUCAAGGUAUUUCAAGUAAAGUGCGUGAAGAACUUUUCAAAGAAGCCGCUGAUUGUUUUUGUGCUAUGAUAUCCGACUAUAAAAGUUGGAUCAUGGUGUUGGAGAGACUCGGUGAAGCUUUAGGGAUAACUGAUCAAUGGGUUAAAUUAUUUGUAGAUUCUUACACCCCAAAUCUUAAUAUUGAUGAUAAUGGUGUCAUAAUUGGGCGUGCUCG